AUGCCAGAGCAUGUGGAGAAGAGGUCACAACAGGUGUGCACCACUGACUUGAAUGUUGCUGUAACCAUGGGAUUUCUUAUUGAAGGUGGGGCAAUGAUGUUUGAUACUUGGUUGAGCAGAAUUGACAUUACAAACUGGCCACUUUUUGACUCCUGCUUCAAGAUUGUCGUUAGCCCAUUAAUGGUUAUAGCAGGUAUCUCUCUAACUGGAAUGUACAUGAAUCCUAUACUGGCUUCCAUUACGAGUUUUGGCUGCAAAGGUAUUACACCAAGCCAGCAUAUAAUUGUAUAUUGGUUGGCUCCCAUUAUAGGAUGUGUUUUGGGACAGAAGCUGCCAGCAUUUUGUAAUCAAGAAAGAAAACUCUCUACAGCACAAUCUAGUAAAUUUCAAAAAGAGAAGCAGCAGAAAAAUGAAAGCCCAGAAAGGGUACGCAAAAUUCGGCGUAUACGUUCUCGAGGAAACAUGUUAAAGAAGAGAUGA